AUGGCGAAGAAAGGAGCGGCACAGUCCCCCAAGACCGGGCCGAAGUCCAAGUCGCAAAUCACGAACAGCAAGUCAAAUAAGCAGAAGGGCAACAGGAGAAAGUCCAAUGAGCCGGCUGUGGAGAAGGUAGUCGACGAGGAGUGGGAGGACGAAAGUGACGAGGAAGAGUUCGAGGUCAAUGGCAGCAGCGCAAACAAGAGGAAGGCCGAGGGUGAAGUCGAUGAAGAUAGCGACUCAGAUGAGAGCGGGGACGACCUGCACGGCGGUAUCGACCUGGCGGGGAUAGACGACUCCGACUCGGAAUCGGAACUUGAUUCGGACGGAGGCCCCGAGAAUCGCGACGACGACGACGACGACGACGACGACGAGGAGGAGGAGGAUAUUGACGUCGACGAGCUCUCAGAGCUCGAUGAGGAAGAUGAGGAACAAAUUGCCGCCGGCACUCGCGUCCGCCAAACAAUCAACAACAAGGAAGGGCUCCUCGCCGCACUCCGGCGCUUUGCCCUCAAUACAAACCCCAAGACCGUCCCCUUCGCCUUCCACCAAUCGGUAGUCUCUUCUAAGAUUACCGAGGAAUCCAUCCCCUCCGUCGAAGACGACCUGCAGCGCGAGCUGGCCUUCAUGAACCAGUCGCUCGAAGCCGCGCGGCAGGCUCGCACACUGCUCCGCAAGGAGGGCGUUCCCUUCACGCGACCGACCGACUUCUUUGCUGAGACGGUGCGCAGCGAUGAGACAAUGCAGAAGGUUAAGGCCAAGAUGGUCGAGGAGGCGACCGCGAAGAAGGCGUCGGCCGAGGCGCGCAAGCAGCGCGACCUCAAGAAGUUCGGCAAGCAGGUCCAGGUACAGAAACAGCAGGAGCGUGCCAAGCAGAAGCGCGACACCCUCGAGAAGAUCAACCUGCUCAAGCGGAAGCGACAAGAAGGCGGCUCUUCCGCCCUCGGCGCGACCGAAGCAGACGACCUCUUCGACGUCGCCGUCGACAACGAGCUCAAGUCGGCCGGCAACAGCAAGAAGCGCUCGGCCGGCGGCGACAGCCGGGGCCCGCCCAACGCCAAGCGGCAAAAGAAGGACGCCAAGUUCGGCUUCGGUGGCAAGAAGCGCCACGCCAAGUCCGGCGACGCCAUGUCCUCGGGCGACCUGAGCGGGUUCAAUGCCAAGCGCAUGAAGAGUGGCGGCCGGAGCGGCGGCCCCGGUGGCAGGCCGGGUGGUGGUGGCGGUUCCGGUGGACCUAAGGGCUCAAAGCCGAGGUUGGGGAAGAGUCGGAGGCAGGCGGGGAAGAGGUGA